CUCUGGUAGCCGCCGCCCCCGCCCCCAGCCCCGCCCGGCCCAGCGCCUAGCCGAGCCCCGGGCCCAGCAUGGCCGCCCCGGAGCCGGCCCGGGCUGCACCGCCCCCACCCCCGCCCCCGCCGCCCCCUCCCGGGGCUGACCGCGUCGUCAAAGCUGUACCUUUUCCCCCAACACAUCGCUUGACAUCUGAAGAAGUAUUUGAUAUGGAUGGGAUACCCAGGGUUGAUGUUCUGAAGAACCACUUAGUAAAAGAAGGUCGGGUAGAUGAAGAAAUUGCACUUAGAAUUAUCAAUGAGGGUGCUGCCAUCCUUCGGAGAGAGAAAACCAUGAUAGAAGUAGAGGCUCCAAUUACAGUGUGUGGUGACAUCCAUGGCCAAUUUUUUGAUCUGAUGAAACUUUUUGAAGUAGGAGGAUCACCUGCUAAUACACGAUACCUUUUUCUUGGUGAUUAUGUGGACAGAGGUUAUUUUAGUAUAGAGUGUGUCUUAUAUUUAUGGGUCCUGAAGAUUCUUUACCCAAGCACAUUAUUUCUCCUGAGAGGCAAUCAUGAAUGCAGACACCUUACUGAAUAUUUUACCUUUAAGCAGGAAUGUAAAAUUAAAUAUUCAGAAAGAGUCUAUGAAGCUUGUAUGGAAGCUUUUGAUAGUCUGCCUCUUGCUGCACUUUUAAAUCAACAAUUUCUUUGUGUUCAUGGUGGACUUUCACCAGAAAUACACACACUGGAUGAUAUUAGGAGAUUAGAUAGAUUCAAAGAGCCACCUGCAUUUGGACCAAUGUGUGACUUGUUAUGGUCCGAUCCUUCUGAAGAUUUUGGAAAUGAAAAAUCACAGGAACAUUUUAGUCACAAUACAGUUCGAGGAUGUUCUUAUUUUUAUAACUAUCCAGCAGUGUGUGAAUUUUUGCAAAACAAUAAUUUGUUAUCGAUUAUUAGAGCUCAUGAAGCUCAAGAUGCAGGCUAUAGAAUGUACAGAAAAAGUCAAACUACAGGGUUCCCUUCAUUAAUAACAAUUUUUUCGGCACCUAAUUACUUAGAUGUCUACAAUAAUAAAGCUGCUGUAUUAAAGUAUGAAAAUAAUGUGAUGAAUAUUCGACAGUUUAACUGUUCUCCACAUCCUUACUGGUUGCCCAAUUUUAUGGAUGUCUUCACAUGGUCUUUACCAUUUGUUGGAGAAAAAGUGACAGAAAUGUUGGUAAAUGUUCUGAGUAUUUGCUCUGAUGAUGAACUAAUGACUGAAGGUGAAGACCAGUUUGAUGAACGGCUCAUAUAUGGCAAUAAAAAAGUAGGUUCAGCUGCAGCCCGGAAAGAAAUCAUAAGAAACAAAAUUCGAGCAAUUGGCAAGAUGGCAAGGGUCUUCUCUGUUCUCAGGGAGGAGAGUGAAAGCGUGCUGACACUCAAGGGCCUGACUCCCACAGGGAUGUUGCCUAGUGGAGUGUUGGCUGGAGGACGGCAGACCCUGCAAAGUGCCACAGUUGAGGCUAUUGAGGCUGAAAAAGCAAUACGAGGAUUCUCUCCACCACAUAGAAUCUGCAGUUUUGAAGAGGCAAAGGGUUUGGAUAGGAUCAAUGAGAGAAUGCCACCCCGGAAAGAUGCUGUACAGCAAGAUGGUUUCAAUUCUCUGAACACCGCACAUGCCACUGAGAACCACGGGACUGGCAACCAUAGUGCCCAGUGACCCACGGCUUCCCAGGGACUCUCACAUCUCGGGCCCCAAAUGGACAGAUCACCCCCAGGAUCUGGAGGGGUCGGCCAAGCUGACUGUAAAUGUCACAGUCCCUCUGGAGAAACCAUUGUGCUUUUGAGACCCCAGCCCCCUUCCUGGAUGGAGGCUUGAGGGCCCUGGGACAUGUUGUGAUAUCUGAUAAGAUUGGGUCAUCGCUGGGAAGGUGGAGAGCAGUGAGCAAGGGGCUUGGGGCAAUUUCCAGUGGAGGGCAACUACACCUCCAUUUAUGCUUGUGGUUCACACAUUAAGUUUACAAAUGAGAUUUCUUUUUCCCCUCAGUAGAAUUAGAUUUUGUUUUUUAACCAUGACUUCAAAUGCAAUCCUAAGAGCUAAUGUGGACUUUUUUUUUCCCCCAUGAAAUGUCUUUAAAGGAUGAAUAAGCAUGGUCUUAAAAUACAUUUCUAAGGUUACUAAGCUGUAUUUUGAAUUAUGGGCAAAAUGCUGAGAAACCCAGUUGGCAUUUAUAUAAAAUGCUGACCUCAGGUCUAUAGUUCUUAAAUGUGGCUAAUUCUGUAAAAUAGUCUUGGUAUUUUUCAAUUAUGAAUGCAUAACCUAUUUCUAGGCAGACUCUCUUACUUGAACACAAAUCCAAAAACUAAUUUAGAAUCUUUUUGCCCAGAUCUUUUGAAAUUUACACCCCAGAGAUUUAAGAAGAAAACCUCUAAAUUUCAAAAUUAUGAAGAAUUACAGAAUUACUCAUUUAAGGUACUUUAAAAGAAGUUUGUACAUUGUCAAAGUAAAUUUUAAUUCAAAUCAUGUCUGUAAAACUUGACGUAUUUUGUGUAUGCAUGUUUUCAUUUUGCAAAUAUUUAAUAUAUAGACCUAUGAUGUACAGGUACGACAUGUAUAGGUUACCUAGAUGUUAUGAGAAAUUUUAGUUUAUUGUGAGUACUCAAGUUGCUUAAAUAGCCACCAGGGUGAUUUGCUGCUGGCUUUCUAUCAUUUUUAUGUUUUGAUGCAAAGGAAAUUUAAAAAUGUUCUGGAAGUGUUUUUGAUUAAGCAAUGCAGCAUAGAAGCAAUGGUUCUGUUCAAUCAUUCAGAUGUUAGUGGAAGCAUAAAAGUCAAGAUUGCAUGUUGAACCUUUUCUUUUGAUAGUUACAGAACUGCUUGGUUAAACUAAAUGGAACCAUGUGCUAAUUUUUCACAAUUACUGACCUGUAUUGAUUGCCACUGUAGUUUGGUAUUUCCCUUUACUUUGGUGGCCUGCUUCCCUCAUGCCCUGGAAUACAACUCAGAGCUCCAGGCAGCGGAACCAUCUAUUGUUUUGUUUGCCAGAAAGUGCACCCUGUAUGGUCUCCUGUCUAAGUUGGAAAUAUUAUGCAUGUGCAGGACUAUUCGAGUAUUUUAUAAACAGUAGCACACAAUAAAUUCCAUGCAUGGGCCGCUGCUCCUAUCUCUGUGUUGGGUUUUAUUUGGAAGAUGUAGUCUGAUUUGACCUCAUGCAAAUCAGAAAAUACUGUUACUAGAACUGGGAUAUAGCCUUCAGAGAUUAUCUCGUGGAUAGUUCAUGGUAAUUUGAUAAAUUUGUGUCUUCAUAAAUUUUGGUGUUUUUCUUUUUUUAACUUUGGUUACAUUUGUCUUACAUGAACAUUAGUAACUGAAAACUAGAGUACUUUGGGUGCCUAUUAUAGGCCUCCUAAAUCUAAUAUUUAAAAUCACUAUUUCACUUAACUUUUAAUUGAAAGAAAAUGUUAUUGUUUAGAGUUUUGUUAUAAUAGUAUUGGGAAUUUAUUGGGUGUUUUAACAAUAAGAAAAAGAAUUUUCAUGAUACUGUAUUUUCUUGCCAUCAUAUUCCUUUCUUUUUCAUAAUCAAAAUAAGUAUGAAAUUUUGCAAAUUGAGGGAAAUUAGGAUAUUGCUCAACAUUUUAUAAUAUAAUCAUAUAGUAACUUUAAUUACAGUUUCCAACAAUAAUUAUAAUGAUACACAUUUUACAAAGCACUGAUUUAAAUUGAACUGUAUAUACUUGCCUUAUUCCAGGUAGCAAACAGAACUCAAACUGUUGAUUAUUACAGCUUUUAGUUGCUGUAUUAUUAGCUUGCAUAUAUAGCAGUCCAUGAGCUACUCUUAAAGUUACUAUACACUGCAUAUGUUUAAAGGUUUUCCUGGAUGUUAUUGUUUUAUGAAAACUAUGCAUCUCUAAGAGCUUAACUAGUAUAUCAGGUACCAGGAACUUCCUUAGCCCUUAGGUCCAUCACUGGGGUUAUAUAGUGUUUAUGGGAAUCUUGGGUAAACAUAAAACAUCAUUAGCGAACUAGAAGAAUUAUGGGUUGAUGGUAAAGAUUAAAAAGAAGAAGAAAGUAAGAGAAAGGAACAGAAUGCAGAAAAGUAGAAUAUAUUAAGAGUGGUAGAAAAAUCACCCAGUGCCUCACAGACCACUUCCUAACUGUUGAAUAAGAACCUCUUUCUAGUCUUCAUAACUGUGAACCAUAGAAAUAUUUUUUAAGGUUUCACAAUGAACCAUAGAAGCAUUUUUAAGGCUUUUUUAAAAAUGUAACUUACGAUGAAAACAAACUGUGUAAAGUUCAGAUCUUUCUAAAUUGUAAAUUUAAAUGUCUACCAGAGCUAGUAGUAGUGAUGGUAAAAUAUAAAUUAAUAUUCAAUAUCAAUUUUUUCUAUCUAUUAUAUCCCUUUAUAUUCAAAGAUGACACUUCUGAGUUAGAAAAGACCAUCUCGGGGCGCCUGGGUGGCUCAGAUGGUUA